UAAAUCAAAAUAUCACGAAGGCGAAGUGGGCUCAUUGGAAGAAUAUGGAAAAGAUGAACAUUACUGCUAAACUAAGGUAGAAAAACACGCGAUAACAUUUUUAAUAAAACAUGUGAAAAAGAUGAAACUAGAGUUGACAACAACGACGACGAAGAAGAGAGCAAAAAGCACACGCAGCGCAGCAAAAGUAAAAAACACGACCAAGAGACCACGACAACUUCGACGACAACGACGACGACGACGACGGCUACAAAGUACUUGGAGUGGUGACCACUACCAGGUCGCUACGCCAACGUGCAGCUAUAGGUUAAAGGGAGAAAAACAAAGGCUACCGAUGCAAAUAAGGAGCUAAUGCUGAAAAAUCAAUCAAACAAACAACGCACCACAUGCUGUCCGUUGUUGCCACUCCACAUAACUCAGUCACCAAUAUGGAUUUCGACAGGACUAUCACGGGUUUGGAGUCAAAUCAAACACUUGAGAAUGAGGAAGCAAAGAAGAAACUUGUUGAACUUUUCACCCAAACUAGGGAACAAUGGCCAGUGCGUUACAUGCUCGAUUACUAUUUAAAAACUGGCUCAAUGCGCAUUAUGGAAGUGCUGGUGAAGGCGCAGCCGCCACAUGAUAGCUACAUAUUCGAUCGUUUGGACGACUGGCUCAAGCAACAACAAUAUCGCGUGCAGGCGCUGAAUGUAUUUUGUUUUAUUGUGCGACGCCAUCCCACCUGGCUGCACAAAAUCGAAAAGCAUCGCCUAAUUAAGAGUAUCUUCAAGCUGUUGACGCACGAAAAGGAUAUUGUGCCCUUAAUGAGCGCUCUUCUGUGCAUAAUUACGCUGUUACCCAUAAUCCCGAACUCGGUGCCGAAUUUUUUGAACGAUUUGUUUGAGGUAUUCGGUCACUUGGCUUCGUGGAAAUUUCAGAACGUGAAUAAGUUGCCAGACGAUAAGGUCGUACAUCUACAGUUGGGCUUGCAAAUGUUGUUCCAUCGACUAUACGGCAUGUAUCCGUGUAAUUUCCUGAACUAUCUGUCGGAAUUCAUCAAGAAGGACAAGGGGAGCAUUUUCCAGCAUACGAUCAAACCGUUACUGGACACGGUGCGUGUCCAUCCGAUGCUACUGACGGCUACCACUGAAACGGAAGUGAGUAACAUGCGUUGGAAGGAAAUGGAGCCACACGACGUGGUAAUGGAAUGUGCACAUUUGUCGCUGCCUGUGCUGCAUCCCGACUCCACACAUGAGGAUAUCUCGACCGCCUAUCCAUGUAGUACGCCCAGCUUUAGUCGCAUGACCUCGACCACGUCCUACGGUGAACAGCACAACAAUUUUAGCAAUCAGCUUAACAACCAACAUCUAACUGCGGCACCUCUUAGACGUUUUGAGUCAAGUAUAGCUGAUACCAGCAAUACACCAAUCUGGAGCCCACAUAACGAACUAGCACCUGCUACCGCCAGCUCGGCUAUGCCGCUAACUCCCACACCGUUUAUAGUGCCGCCCAGUAGCACUGCUCAGCUGCUUGUUGCAACAGGCUCCUCACCGCCAGAGGCGGCUGUGGAGGCUACGCCGGAGACUACGCCGCUGAAAGAUUUACGCGACUUUAAGCAACACCAACAGCAGCAGCAGGUGCCCAACUCACAUACGGUGCGAGCUAUUUUUGCAAAUAGUCAGCCUUCCUCUCCCAUGCGCAAGGAUCACCAAAGCCAAUUCAACUUUCCUGACCUAAGCAAAAUGCAGCCAACGGCAGAACUUCCACAGCUUACAGAUCCAUUGCUAACAGGAGGCCCGAAUCCUUUAACGGUGACACAUUCUGAGACUAAGGAUCUAACUGUCAGUGCUUGUGGCGAAUGCAACGAAACGGAUCGCAAUCUGUGUAGCGAUGGGGGCCUUCAUAUGCCAACCAACCGUACCAUUCAGCAGCUAGCCAAGGGCGUUAAGCGAAGAAAUCGAAUGGCCAGCUAUUGCUGCAAUGAAAGCAGCUUUACCACCGGCUGGCACAGCAGUGCAGCAUCAAAACGGACAACAAUGCCGAACUGUCCUGCGGAUAACCAAAUACGUCGCACUAAGUCGUGUUCGGCCUUGCCAAGUAUGCAACAGCACAAUGAUGAUGACGAAGCCGAUUGUCCAACUCUGCGACAGAAUAAUGGCAAUGGGAAUGGGAAUGGAGUGCAUAAUACCGUGCAAACACAAAAGACUGUGCUGGCUGGCACCAGACUGCAGCGUAGCGGUCGAAUGCUGGCCCUGGGAACACCCAAAAUCGCGACCGCCACUUCAUACAAGUCGAAGGAGGUACAGACAUUGGAAACGGUGCCGAUACACUACGAAGAGUUUCUCUUUGAAUUGUUGCGUGAGUGCAAGGAUCAGCGAAACAAGCACGAAAGAUGUCAAUUUAAUCCGCAGGAGAUACUCGAUCAGUACAUAAUGCGUUCCAUACACGCGAAGGAGAGUUUCGAUUCGUCGAGCAAUCUCUUAACGCAGCAGGAGCAAUGGCAGCUCAUGUGCCUACAAUUGCUAUACGAACGCUAUCGUCGCAGCAUUCAUGCCGAGCGUAAUCGACGCUUGAUGGGACGUAGCCGAGACAAGCGCAGCCUGGAAAUGGAACGAGAUCGUUUGCAGGAACAGUUGAAAAACUUUGAUGUGAAGAACCAAGCUCUUGCUGCUAGAAUCGACUUGGGAAUUCGGCAAUCGAAUGAGCAGCUAAACAGCUACAUCCAACAGCUGGCCGACCUCAAGUCUAAAUACCAGUACGAGUUGGAUCAAAAAAAGUGUCUGCGUCAGGCAAAUGAUGAUUUGCAGACUCGUCUUAAUGCCGAGAUGUUGCAACGGAAAGAGUUGAACUAUGAAGUGGAGUCGCUUCGAGGUCAAAUAUUUACCAUGACCACAGAAUUGCAACAUGCUCAGCAGCAAGCGGAUCUUGGACAGCAAUACAAGCAGGAGCUGGCGCGCUUGGAGGCAGAGUUUAUUAUCAUGGGUGAAGUGCAGGUGCGUUGUCGCGAUCGACUGGCAGAGAUCGAUAACUACCGAUCUCGCGACGAGGAGCUAAAGCUGCUCCAAGAGAGCUUCAAUGCCGAAAUUAAAGAUCUGAAGCAUAACCUAGACGAAAAGACUUCUCUACUCGAAAGCACCAAGCACAAAAUCAGCGAACAAGCGAUUCAAUUGGGCAUCAACGACAAGGUUAUUGCGGAGCAGAAGCGUUUGUUGCGCACCGUCAAGGAUGAAUAUGAGGAAAUGUUAAAGUCGGUGAAUAAGAAAUAUGACAUUCAAAAGAAGAUCAUCAUACAAAUGGAGGAAAAGCUUAUGAUGUCGCUGCAACACCCACAGGGUGCUGUCGGACACACAACUUGCUCGCCGGAUACUGACCGAACUGAUAUCGCCUCAUCCAUGGAACGAAAUUCGCCGCUUUCAACGUCGCUAGCAUCUAGCGAGAGUCUUUCGGCAAGUCUGCGUUCCACAGAGCUGAAAAACUUGCAACAGCUGCUUGAAACGCCGGCGAUAGCCGAAGUAUCAAGGGCCGGCGGUACUGGCCCGAGCUCAGGCGCGGGCAUCUCAUAUGAAGACAAUGCGCGCAUGUCGACAAUUGACUUGGCCUCAUCAGCGGGCACUGCUAGUGCCAUAAACAUAAUGCAGGCGACAACGACGGCAGCACUGUCGCAAGAAUUGAACCUGCCAACGACGUCUAAUCACACACACGCCCACCCACAUUUACACUUGCAACAGCAGCAAGAGAAACAGCAGCAACCGCAGCAGUAGUAGCCACCGCACAGUCAGCAGUAACAACUGCAGCAUACUAUAUGUUUGCAACAGAAAGUACACAAGGCUGUCAAUUAUAUA